UUAGCUAAUCAGGUAGAUAAAAGAGAGAGAGAGUCGCGCAUAUUGUGGAUCAAUUCAGAAACGGUACCCGUGGUCAUAUCGCUUACAUAGCAGCAGCAGUCUCACAACGGUACAUUACAUCUCCGUGAGCAAAGCUAGAGAGACCUGUUUUGGCAUCUCUGUUGCUGCCGUAAAUAACACCACAACACUUGGAAAGCCUCAGAUUUUCUCAAAGUGAAGAACCAUGCGCGAAUGUAUCAGUGUACACGUUGGACAAGCUGGUGUCCAAAUUGGUAAUGCCUGCUGGGAGUUGUACUGUCUUGAACAUGGAAUUCAGCCAAAUGGUCAAAUGCCAUCUGAUAAGACAGUUGGUGGUAAUGAUGACUCCUUCAACACCUUCUUCAGUGAGACAGGGGCUGGGAAACAUGUCCCCAGGGCAGUCUUCGUUGAUCUCGAACCAACUGUUGUCGAUGAGGUUAGAACUGGUACCUACAGACAACUUUUCCACCCUGAGCAGCUGAUAACUGGCAAAGAAGAUGCUGCUAAUAAUUAUGCCAGAGGUCAUUAUACUAUUGGUAAAGAAAUUGUUGAUUUGGUUUUGGACAGGAUCCGAAAACUUGCUGACCAAUGUACUGGUUUGCAAGGCUUUUUAAUCUUCCACAGUUUUGGUGGUGGAACUGGUUCUGGUUUCACAUCUCUGCUCAUGGAACGUCUAAGUGUUGACUAUGGUAAGAAAUCCAAACUGGAAUUCUCUAUUUAUCCUGCUCCCCAAGUGGCAACUGCUGUUGUGGAACCUUACAAUUCCAUUCUUACCACCCACACCACACUCGAGCAUUCUGAUUGUGCAUUCAUGGUUGAUAAUGAAGCUAUUUAUGACAUCUGUCGCAGAAAUCUGGAUAUUGAACGACCAUCUUAUAGUAAUUUAAAUCGGCUAAUUGCCCAAGUGGUCAGUUCUAUAACUGCUUCCCUGCGUUUUGACGGUGCCCUUAAUGUUGACCUGACUGAAUUUCAGACCAAUCUGGUGCCUUACCCAAGAAUCCAUUUUCCUUUGGCUACUUAUUCUCCGAUUAUUUCUGCAGAGAAAGCAUAUCAUGAACAAUUAACCGUGGCAGAAGUCACCAAUGCUUGCUUUGAGCCAUCUAAUCAGAUGGUCAAAUGUGACCCUCGUCAUGGUAAAUAUAUGGCCUGCUGUAUGUUGUACAGGGGUGAUGUUGUUCCAAAAGAUGUAAAUGCUGCAAUUGCUGCUAUCAAAACCAAGCGCAGUAUUCAGUUUGUUGACUGGUGCCCCACUGGUUUCAAAGUUGGCAUAAACUACCAACCUCCUACUGUUGUUCCAGGUGGUGAUUUAGCACAAGUGCAACGUGCUGUGUGCAUGUUGAGCAAUACCACUGCCAUUGCUGAAGCAUGGGCUCGUCUUGAUCGUAAAUUUGACUUAAUGUAUGCCAAACGUGCUUUCGUUCAUUGGUAUGUGGGAGAGGGUAUGGAAGAAGGGGAGUUUUCAGAAGCUCGUGAAGAUUUGGCAGCUCUUGAGAAAGACUAUGAAGAGGUUGGAAUUGAUUCCACUGAAGCAGAAGAGGAAGAGGAGGGAGAAGAAUAUUAAUUU